AUGGAGACUUCUCUCCUCCAGCUGAUGAGCAUCAGUGACUCAUGGAUGAGCCCCAGCUCCAUUUUCAUACCCAUGGACGUGAUCUUUGGUGUUCUGUGUGGAGUAGGGCUCUUCUUUCUACUAAUCCCCUUCCUGAAGACAUACCCAGUGUCCCCACCACCUGGGAGUGAAGAGAACACCGCAAAGGUGAGGAGAACCUUGGUGAGGAGGGGACAGAGCAAGACCAGGAAGAAAGCUGCUUCUGCGAAAGGUUGUAGAGACAGCAGAGAGAAUGUGGAAGAUACCCAGAAUGCAUCCCAACCUGUGAAAAGCCCCACCAAGCAUCCUUUACUGGACCCCACACCACAUCCCUUUUGGAAUCCUACUGAGAAGCCUCUUCCCCUCUCUCCGCUGCUAUCUUAUCUCAAGUUCUUGGAAGAUCUUAUGCAGCAGAAAUUUAGCCAGAUUUUCGGGGGCAUGUCCUCCAUGCUCUCUGAGUCAGUGGUGGCUGCUGCCUGGGUCUCCAAGAGACCUUCCUCUGCACGACCUAAAACUGUCAGGUUCAGCGAUUCUUGUGGCACUUUCCCAGCUCUACCCAUGGCUCAAGGCCCUCCCCAGGAUUCUCAGGCUCAGCCAUUGCCCCACCAACUUGAGACACCAAGCUUGGCAGGUGUGACAGAGGCUCAGACACUGGACAACCUCCCAAGCUCUACACCAAACCAAGCACUUUCGUCAUCUUCAAGGAGAACCCAUGUAAAAGCAGGUUCUACCAGUGAGAGAGGGAUACAGGCAACCCUCCUGACUGAAAACCAGCCCUGGCAGCAGGAUCUAGAGUGGAAAGACACCAUAGGCUCCAAUGUCCAAACACGUCAAGCAGACAUUAGCCAGCCCACUCACAACUUCACCAGGGACACCCUGCCCACUGAAGCUAUCCGGUCAGCCUCCAUCCUUUCAGAGCAUUACCAGUUCCUCCAGCAUCAUGAGGAGACACAGACUGAAGACAGGAUGACUAUGGUGACAGAACAGCAAGGCUCCCCAUCCAGGCUCCUCCCAUCCCAGGAACUGACACAGCUGCAGGGACAUUUCCCAGCACACAGCCCUUCCCAGCCCGAGGACAAGCCUGACCUCCCCCAGCCUGACCAGCCCUCCAUCCUCGGCUCGAAAAGUUCCAAGUUGAGCCAGAUGAUGGGGUCUGUGCCCUGGAGGAUGCCCUUAAAAGAGGGUCCAGAAAAACGAAUCAUGUAUGACUCCAUCAAGGAGGGCCCCAGUUUUAGGGCCAAAGACUUGCCUGGCACUUCUAUCAGCAGCCCUGGGAAGGGUCUAGAGCCUAGAAACCCUGCACUGAGAACAGAUCAGCGGUCCUAUGUGAACACCACCCAGGACCUUUCCUUCCUUGACCCUAAAAUCCAAAGGAAACUGGAAUCAAACAUCACGCAGCUUUCUGAGAAACGCAGGUGGGAACCCUGUGGUUCUAAAGCUGAAUACUAUUCCAAGGCUGCCAUGAUCUUAGAAAAAUUGCAUCAACAAGAUCCAGGAGGGACAAGGUUAGAAACUGCGUCAGGUGCCAGGCUGGAGAGUCCUCUGUUUGCACACCCACCUUCAGAGGUGCAGGAGAUGCAAAGAGCCACUCCACCACCUGCCAGCCAUGGACCCUUCAAGGCCCAUCCAGUUAAACGGCAAAGAUACCUGAGCUCUCAGACCAGGGCUUUCUGCUUCCAGGGAAGAACGCAGCCAAGUAGGACUGUCCGAGGGACUGGAAGAGGCAGCCUGCACCCAAGUAGCAGCCCAAGAAUGCCCAAGCAUGCUCCAUGGAAGAGGUUUGAGAAUGUGGCCUCAGGACGUCCCUGCUGGAGAGGGACAAUGCCCGGCCCUCAAGAAGGGGUCAAACAAACUAAUAGAUCAGAGGAGAAAGAAGAGACACAUCCUGUCUGGAAAGUGACUUUGGGAUCCACAGAAAUUCUCAAUGGCCAAACCAUCAAUAUCCAUCUCAGGGACUUUAAGUCUACAGAGGCCAACAGAAGCCCAGGCCAGCUCCAAACUCCUACUCCACAGUACUCAGGAGACUUGGCUUUAAAAGUGCAAAUAUGUAGUAAGGUUGACUUCAGAUCAAGCAAGCAGCCACAGGCCUCGCCUCUGGACCAUCGUCCAGACAUCCCCAGUGAAAUGAGUUUGUCUUCAGAGAACUCACUUCCUAGCUUUCAACAUAGAUCCAAAAUACUCAAGACUUCCCACGGCCUAGAUGAUGUCUUCAAGAGGAGAGAUCAGAGCCAGGAGACCCAGUACUUCAGAGCUACCAAGGACAAAAGUCAAGCUAAGAAUCACAAGGUGUUUCAUCCCAAUGAUGAGAGGAAGAGGUUUAAUAGAUCUAGAGCCACAUGCCAGGGAAAAAGGUCAAGGAGAGGGAAGCCCUGUACUCCAAGCUCCACCCAGCUCAAGAAUAUAGCCACGACUGGGAGUGAGUCCUCCCUUUAUAUGACAGGAAAAGGACAGGAUUCCCUGGAAAGCUAUCUGAAGAAAAUCAUAAGGCAUGUUCUACAAUAUCUCAACCUCAACAUAUUCUCCAGGGACGCCCUGGAGAAUGAACGCUCUCCACCGGCUACCGUGAGGUCUCAGGAGUCAGUCACAAGAGAGAAGCUGGUCUACAGUAUGGCCACUGAAGUGCAGUCUCUCAUGAAUGUUGUCGUACAGAUCCUGGUGAACUGGCUGGGACUUAAAGUAGGGGACCCAUCAGAGGCACAAUGGCAUAGACUGGAACCACUGACAUCCCAGGUGGGUGGCUCUCACCACUCUUCUGAGGGUCUCUACGACCCAAAGGAUAGAAGACCAGCAAGAAGAAUGAGCUCUGACCACACCAGCCCCAAGAGUUACAGCUAUCCAUUCACACACAAGGGGAUCAGAGAUAAGCACCAGUUGGUUGUUGGUGCCCAGAGAGCCUGUCAUCGACAUCAGAACAGAGGGAGGAGAAGAAUGGGCAUUGACCAAGUCCCCACUUCCAAGGGGGAACAACCAUCUGUGCACAGAGAUGCUGGAGACAAACAUAGAGCCUCUGACCGACACCAAAGUACAAAGAAAGGAAUGGGCUGUGGCCACCUCAUCAGCCCCAAAGAGAACAGCCAUCCAGUCACAUUCAGGGGAACUGGAGACAAGGAGCAGUCAUCUGCUGCCCAGAGAGCUGCUCACCCCAAGUGGACCUUACCAGCAUAG